ACGGAGACGGAAGUAGACGGGCGAACUCCAUCUUGGACUCGCCGCAGAGGCUGCUCUUUGAAGCGACCAUUAUGCUAGUAGCCAAAUGAGGUGCUGCGGCUGGCUGGAGGGCAAACCUGCGGCCGCUACUCGCCUCUGCUGCAAAUCACUGCGGGGAACCAUGACAGGGGAAACCUCGAGAGUGCUUAGAUUAUGCAAUCGUCAUCUGGCUCUCCUGCGAAGACAUCCACACUGUGGCCGAACAACCAGAUCCCUCAGCGUGGUCAGGCCGGCGAGGCGAAGGGGUCUGUUUUGGAAGACCCUCCUCGGUCUCUCUGUGGGUUUUCCCCUGGCGGCGGGCGUGAAGUACGCCGCUGCAGAGCCGAAGCAGAGAAGGAGGAUGAGGAUUGCGGUCGAGGGAUUUGGUCGUUUCUGCAGGUCUCUCUCUGUAGGGAUCUCCAUCUCCCUGGAUUACUGGUGGACCACCAACGUGGCUCUGCGCGGGAAGGAUGAGAGCAGCACAUCCUACUUGUCUGAGAUGUCAGCCUGCCACCAGAGGGCAGCAGAUUACAUAGUGGAAGGAGCUGUAAGGAACGGAGGGCUGUACAUUAAGCUGGGGCAAGGACUCUGUUCCUUCAACCACCUGCUGCCCCCCGAAUACAUCCGCACGCUGCAGGUCUUGGAGGACCAAGCCUUAAACCGGAGGCUCAAGGAGGUGGACGCUCUCUUCCUGGAGGACUUCAACAAAACCCCCGAGCAGCUUUUCAAGACCUUCGACUAUGAGCCCAUCGCGGCGGCCAGCUUGGCUCAAGUUCACAAGGCGGAGCUCUGUGACGGGACUCCUGUGGCGGUGAAGGUGCAGUACAUUGACCUGAGGGACAGGUUCGACGGGGACAUCAGGACUUUGGAGAUCCUGCUGGAUAUAAUCAAAUUCAUGCAUCCCAGCUUUGGAUUCCGAUGGGUCCUUAAGGACUUGAAGGCAACUCUGGCUCAGGAGCUGGACUUUGAGAACGAAGCCAGAAACUCAGAGAGGUGCGCCGAGGAGCUGAAGCAUUUCCACUUUGUUGUUGUUCCCAAGGUCUUCUGGGAGCAAACCAGUAAAAGGGUGUUGACGGCCGAGUUUUGCAGCGGAUGCAAAAUCAACAACGUGAAAGAAAUCAAGCAGCAAGGAAUAAGUCUGAAAGACACGGCUGACAAACUGAUCCGAAUAUUUGCAGAGCAGAUAUUCUACACCGGCUUCAUCCACGCCGACCCUCAUCCCGGAAAUGUUUUGGUGAGGAAAGGUCCAGAUAAGAAGGCCGAGCUGGUGCUGUUGGACCACGGCUUGUACGAGUUCCUCAGCGAAACAGACAGGGAGGCUCUGUGUAAACUGUGGCGGGCUACUGUCCUGAGAGACAAGGAGGGGAUGAAGACGUACUCCGAUGCUCUGGGGGUCAAAGAGUACUUCCUGUUCUGCGAGAUGCUGCUGCAGCGCCCCAUCAACAUGCGGACGCUAGCCCUGUCCAACAUCCUGAGCCGGGAGGAGACGGCCUACAUGAGACAAAUGGCCAUCAACCGCUUCGAGAGCAUCAUGCAGGUGCUGAAGUCCAUGCCCCGGCCCAUGCUGCUGGUGUUCCGGAACAUCAACACGGUCCGGAGCAUCAACAUCGCUCUGGGGGCCCCGGUGGACCGCUACUUUGUCAUGGCCAAAUGCGCGGUGCGAGGCUGGGGGAAGAUUCAGGCGGAUAAGACAGGAAUCCUGCCCAGGUUACGAAUCAUCCGCUGGUGCAGGUCGACAUGGGAGAGCUUCAAGUUUCAAGUGGCUUUGAGGUCUGAGAUGGCCAUUAUGAGACUGACCCGCACCUGCCUGCGGCUGCUGGAGAUCUUGGGUCUUGUUACUCUGGACGCCGAAGUCUAUAGUUACCUGAUGUAGUUGCUGACAUCCAACAGCAGGAGGAGCCGCUCCAAGUACAAGCCAAUAUACCAUCCCUUUCAGGGUCUCCUUAGCAACCCGGGGGUAUAAAUCGAUGCUGCCGACUUCACAUUUUUAGCCAAAUGACAUUCAGGGUCAGGAUGGCUGAGAAUCCAAAGAAGCUCUGCGUAAAGAGCGAAGCACUGAGCCCAGCUCCAAGACAACUGAAUGAGACAGCCAAUGACCAUGAUCUGAGUGUAUUUAAGGGUAAUGUUUUUUUUUUUUUUUGUCCACUUGUGUUUAGAGGAGCAGUACAGUGACUUUUGUUUUUUAAAGUUGUAUGUUGGGAGUCUGAAAAACUCAUCCUUUUCUUUUUGCGGUGCACUGUUUCUGGCUGAUCUUUUUUUCUUUUUCUUUUCCUGAAAAGUGGCCAAGUCGACAAUAAUUGUGAGUAUUGUUAAUUGCACACGUUGAGACGCGACCUGGAUGACUUUCAUUUUCGGCCGAUCACCGAUCUCCCAAAAUGACGUAAAUCUGGGCCGACUUCCUGGUUCUCCUGUGGUCAUCUAGUCGAACUCGAUCUUUGCAUUUUAAACUGAUUUGUCUGUGAGCUGAAGAAGUGUGAAACUACCGGAUAGAGAGCCAGCAGAGCUCUCAAUGAAGGCUAAAGGAACAAUCCACUAAAUAGAAUGCUUGUUUUUUUGUUUUUUUUUUUACGUGACAAUAAAAUGUUCUACCUCUCCA